AGUCCAGCCGCUGGUGCGCGGAGCGGUUCACGGUCCUCGGAGCUGUUCAGAGCUAUUCUCAUAGGAGCCCAGGCCCGGUGCGCGCGUGCGUGAGUGCGCCUGCGCCGCCCGGGCCGCUGCAAGGGGUGGAGAGCCGCGGCCUCAGGAGGACCCUUUUCCCCCAGAAAUUACUCAAUGCUGAAACCUCUCAAAGUGACAUUAGAGACGUUGGAAGCACCAUGGAUGGGUUUUAUGAUCAGCAAGUCCCUUUUAUGGUCCCAGGGAAAUCUCGAUCCGAGGAAUGUAGAGGGCGACCUGUGAUUGACAGAAAGAGGAAGUUUUUGGACACAGAUCUGGCUCAUGAUUCUGAAGAGUUGUUUCAGGAUCUCAGUCAACUUCAAGAGGCUUGGUUAGCUGAAGCACAAGUUCCUGAUGAUGAACAAUUUGUCCCAGAUUUUCAGUCUGAUAACUUGGUGCUUCACGCCCCACCUCCAACCAAGAUCAAACGGGAGCUGCACAGUCCCUCCUCUGAGCUGUCAUCCUGUAGCCAUGAGCAGGCUCUUGGUGCUAACUAUGGAGAAAAGUGCCUCUACAACUAUUGUGCCUACGAUAGGAAGCCUCCCUCUGGGUUCAAGCCAUUAACCCCUCCUACCACCCCCCUAUCACCCAGUCAUCAGAAUUCCCUGCUACCCCCGCCUCAGGCAGCUCUGCCCCCCUCAGUGCAGCAUGCCCCUACAGCUGGCCCUGUACAAGGUGUCGGUCCUGCCCCCACCCCUCAUUCGCUUCAAGAACCUGGACCACAGCCACAAACCUUUGCAGUCCCCCGACCACCACAUCAGCCCAUGCAGAUGCCAAAGAUGAUGCCAGAAAACCAGUAUCCGUCAGAACAGAGAUUUCAGAGACAACUGUCUGAACCCUGCCACACCUUCCCUCCUCAGCCAGGAGUUCCUGGAGAUAAUCGCCCCAGUUACCACAGGCAAAUGUCAGAACCUAUUGUCCCUGCAGCUCCUCCACCUCCUCAGGGAUUCAAACAAGAAUACCAUGACCCACUCUAUGAACAUGGGGUUCCAGGUUUGCCGGGUCCCCCAGCACAUGGGUUCCAGUCACCAAUGGGAAUCAAACAGGAGCCCCGGGAUUACUGCAUUGAUUCAGAAGUGCCUAACUGCCAGUUGUCCUACAUGAGAGGGGGAUAUUUCUCCAGCAGCCAUGAGGGUUUUCCAUAUGAAAAAGAUCCCCGGUUGUAUUUCGAUGACACUUGUGUUGUGCCUGAGAGACUGGAAGGCAAAGUCAAGCAGGAGCCCACCAUGUACCGGGAGGGGCCCCCUUAUCAGAGGCGAGGUUCCCUUCAGCUCUGGCAGUUCCUGGUUACGCUUCUUGAUGACCCAGCCAAUGCCCACUUUAUUGCCUGGACAGGCCGGGGUAUGGAGUUCAAGCUGAUAGAGCCGGAGGAGGUUGCUCGGCGUUGGGGCAUCCAGAAGAACCGACCAGCCAUGAACUAUGACAAACUCAGCCGUUCUCUGCGCUAUUACUAUGAAAAGGGAAUCAUGCAAAAGGUGGCAGGAGAACGAUACGUCUACAAAUUUGUCUGUGACCCAGAUGCCCUUUUCUCCAUGGCCUUCCCUGAUAAUCAGCGUCCGUUCCUGAAAGCGGAGUCCGAGUGCCAUCUCAAUGAGGAGGAAACCCUGCCACUGACCCACUUUGAAGACAACCCUGCUUACCUCCUGGAUGUGGAUCGCUGCAGCAGCCUCCCCUAUGCUGAAGGCUUCGCUUACUAAGUUUCUGGGUGGCUGAGUGGCCAAACCCUAGAGCUAGCAGUUCCCAUUCAGGCAGUGAGGGCAAUGGUUUUGUUUGUUUGUGUUUCUGGCUGUUCCUAAAGCUUGCCCUUGAGUAUUUUCUGGAGAACUGAAGCCAUCUCUGGAUUGGCACCCUAAAAGACAGAUACCUUGGCUGGGGAGUGGGAACAGGGAGGGGCAAAAAACCACCAAGAACUGGUGCCUUGGCUCUGAUUCUGAUGAGGUUUCUGGUAAGAGAUUGAAAUGGAGGCUCCUUACCAUGGACAACACACGCACAGCAAUAUCUUGUUGAGGUUAGUACCCGCAAACUGGGAUGGAGUGUGUGACAAUCCACGCUGUUCAUGGACUACUAAAUGCCUUUACAUAGAAGGGCUCUGAUUUGCACAAUAUAUUGAAAAAGAAACCACAGUCCCACCGAACAGUAGGCCAAGUUGGGGAGGCUCAAAUCAUAUGAAGCGUUAAAAAUAUAUCUUGGGAUUAGGAGAGAGAGAAGAGCUCAGUCUGAACUUGCUUCCUCUUGGUCCAAAAAAGAAGAGGAGGGGAAAGAACAGCUGUUACUGGGCCCCAUGGUUCUCAAACAAUAAACCAUCACCGCUCUUGGGAACCUUCUGGCCAGGUGGUCACCAAGCAGAGCAGGCUCCCUUUCUCUCCCCAGUCACAUGGCUACGGAUGGAUGGCUGUAAUUUUAGGAGAAGGGUGAUUAACAUUUUUGACAGUAUUUUGUUUUGCUUUGAUUUGGGGGAUUGUUUUGUUUUGGUGGUUGUUUUGGAAAAACAGUUUAUAAACUGAUUUUUGUAGUUUUGGUAUUUAAAGCAAAAAACAAAUCUUUUGGUAACUGUGCACUGUGUCCUUUAGACAGGACCAUGCCGACUUACGAAGACGCUGCAGCUUGAAAGGGGCUUUGCUGGAGGCUUCCCCUUAGCCAUGGAAAAGCCCGCUUUGUUGCCUGCUUUGUGCUUUCUGCACCAGACAACCUGAUGGAAUAUUUGCACCUGAGUUGUAUAUUUUUGAAGUGUGCAGGACCACCUGGACACACAGCUUAGAGUCUAUGUGUAUAGUUCCCCACAUUCACUGUCAUGCCCUCUCUGGAAAGCAUGUGUACAUAAUACACGUCAUGUCCAUUAAAACCUGGUUGCCUGUGGGACCCCUAGGGAUUCUACUCUGGGCUUGACUUAUGACAAUUUUCAUUUUAUUGGUUUGUUUUGUUUUCCUUUUUCUUUCUAUCUUGGACCCUGCAUAUGAUUCAGUAGGGUUUGGGCCUGAUGUGUGCCACUGACAGGUAAGACAGUGCUAGCAUUUUAGUCUCCAGCCACGUUUUUCUUUUAAAACGUUUUAUUCUGAUUGCUGUAUUAUAAAUUGAAGAAGUUUUAAGCAGCCAAACUAAAGCUAUGUGAAAGUUGAGCUCAAAGUAGAGGAAAAGCUAUUAGAAAGUGGUAGUGCCUCGCUGCCUGCUCUUUGGAUAGAAUUCCAUGCUCCCCGAGCCACUAUGCACGUUGAGUGUGACUGCUAUUCAUACCUGAAGGUGACGGUGCUGCCUCAGUGAGUGUAUGACACACGCUGUGCAUUGUUUUUCUGUCUCCGUAGUCUUAAACAGUCCCCCUUAUGACCAACAGCACACUUGUGAAGUGGCUCACAGGGGUAAGGGGUGCAUUUAUAGCUAUGGAAGUGUAAGAUUUUCCUCUGUUGGAAACUAACUGACCCACAAAGGUAUUGAACCUAUAGCUUGGGCUUUAAUUAGCAUCGUACUCUAAUCAAAGGACUCUUUCCAGACUAUAUUUAUAGCUUUCUAACCUACCCAUAGUCUAUACAUAUGUGCGUAUUUUACCUCCAGCUGGCUAGAGAUUUAUUUGUUGUAAAUGCUGUAUAGGAUUUGUUUUUCUUAUCUUUACUUAUCCUGGUUUGGGAUUUUUUAUUUUUGGAUGGAUUUAUGCUGUUUUAGCAAGUAUGCAAAUAAUCCUCUGUGGCCCGAGCUACCUGCCCCUCCCCUGCUGUAACGACGUGGCCUGUGCUGUCACGGGACAUAGGAUGGUGGCAUCACCAUUGCACUCCCAUCGGACUCAUGCACCUCCCGGGUGGUUUUGGUUUUUGUUUUUUGUUUUUUUUUUUGCUUCUUUUCCAGAGUGAGGAAAGUCUACAGUGCAGAAAAGCUUUAACCUGCCAGUUGAUUUGAAAUACUUUCCCCCUGCGCAGGGCCAUAUGCAUCCUGCCAAGCUGCGUUAUAUUCUGUACUGUGUACAAUAAAGAAGUUUGCUUUCUGUUUACCACA